CCUACUAUAUAAAAUGCCUUCCUCUGGUUCGAUGACCGAACCAAACCCUAAAUCUUGGUUCCGCUGCCGUCGACAUGCCGCAAGGGGACUACAUCGAGCUUCACCGGAAGCGCCAUGGCUACCGGCUGGAUCAUUUCGAGCGGAAGCGGAAGAAGGAAGCUCGGGUGGUCCAUGAGCGGUCUGCGUUUGCCAAAAGGGUUCUGGGAAUUAAGGGGAAGAUGUUUGCUAAGAAGCGCUAUGCCGAGAAGGCUUUGAUGAAGAAGACGAUUGCUAUGCAUGAGGAGUCAUCAAGUAGACGCAAAGUGGAUGAUAAAGUUCAUGAUGGAGCUAUUCCUGCCUAUCUUUUGGAUCGUGAUACUACAACAAGAGCAAAGGUCCUUAGCAACACUAUUAAACAAAAGAGGAAGGAAAAGGCUGGCAAAUGGGAUGUUCCUUUACCAAAGGUCAGGCCUGUUGCUGAGGUAGAAAUGUUUCGAGUUAUUCGAUCUGGGAAGCGGAAAUCCAAACAGUGGAAGAGAAUGGUCACAAAAGUGACCUUCGUUGGACCAGGGUUUACAAGAAAGCCUCCGAAGUAUGAGCGCUUCAUUCGACCAACAGGCCUGCGAUUUACUAAAGCUCAUGUAACUCACCCAGAGCUGAAAUGCACUUUUAAUCUCGAAAUCAUAGGGAUAAAGAAGAAUCCAAAUGGGCCAAUGUACACUUCGCUUGGUGUUGUAACCAAAGGAACGAUCAUUGAGGUUAAUGUGAGUGAACUUGGUCUGGUUACUCCAGCUGGAAAAGUAGUGUGGGGGAAAUAUGCACAAGUGACCAACAAUCCAGAAAAUGAUGGUUGUAUAAAUGCAGUUCUGCUUGUGUGAUAUGUACCUGGCGUGUCCGUGGGACUUGAUGAUUGAGCUCGAUACCGAACCAGAUCAAUCUGAUACCAAUAUGGUUUGUUUUGAUAUAGAGGAUUGAGAAAGGAACUAACUUUUUGGAAUUGUUAAGAAGCAUUGCUUAAUUUCAAUUAUUUUUACUUGGUCA